AUGUCUUACUGCAAGGCGGCAUCAGCCUUCAUUGCUCUUUCUAGUGGCUUUUGUGUUUGGUGCAUGGCAAGGCCGGCGCUUCAUGCUGGAGCAAGUGGAGUCGUUUGCGGCUACCUUGGGCUGCUGAUGGCUGUUGUACUCAGAAGGCGAGAUGUGCCGCUUGGCACUCUCCUUAUGGUGUUAGGAGUGGUCGCAUGCUACAGCGGCGCAUUCUUGUUGCAUCGGCCUGGUGCAUCUUUGGAGCCACUCUAUGAGGCUUGCACCUCCCGUAGCACAUCCGCUGAACACCACACCUUCGGCUUUCUGUCAGGCCUGGCUUCUGCCCUUCUCUUUGUACGAUCACCACCUCGACAAGAUGGGACUCAGCCUAGAUGA